CAGGUCCUUCUCCCUUCUCCUGCCACACUAACGAGUUGUGUUCAAACUAAAGAUGUCCAAACGUCGCGCUCAUGUCAACUGCUCCGUUGUUGGUUGCACAAAUAAACAUGCAAAUGUCUUCAGUCUGACUGCGUCUGUGGACCAAACCACCAGGCAGCAGUGGAUUAAAUUCAUCUUUGACAACAAUGUCCCGGUGACUCUCCCUGCAAUCCUCUAUGUAUGCGCUUCACAUUUUGCACCCGAGUGUUUCGUUAACUUGGGACAAUACCAGGCGAAGAUGGCAUCGAGUCUGCGCUUGGAGAAAGGAGUGAUUCCAACAAUCAGGGACUCGUCUGCAGCGCACACGGCUAGGACAUUUCAAGCAGUGCCCAGUAGCAUCCUAACGCCUCAAAGGGUAGAUGUGGGCUGCCAGACAAAACCCCAAAUGCAUGCCUCGACAGGCACACAGCUUUCAUACAGAACUUUGGGACCUCACUUCCGAAGUGUAGGUACCCAGACGACUGAGGUGAAGACAACUAAAGAUGUUGGAGUCUACACAUCAACUAUUGCGGUGUUUCCUGACGUUCCCUGGUCCUUCAUGCCAGCAAAGCCACCGCUAAAGAGGCCUCGUCUCAGUCUGGCGGAGGAUGAAGACGGGGCCAGCUCUGUGGAAGCUAGCUGUUCUUUGGCAGAUCCCGAACACUCCACAUAUAACCCAGAAGACUCAGUUAACGUGUUAACUGAAUCAGUGGGUAGUUUGAAGGACCCCAGCGUUAGCAAAAUCCGGAAACUGGUCGUCUUUGAGUCAUGCCUCAUGGAGCUCUUUGAGAAGUGCCCUGUCUGCGGUCGAGUUUGUGAAAUCCAAAAGAGAAUCAGAGGAACAUUCUGCGCUAUUGUUCAGAAAUGUCCACAUUGCCAACAUGGGAGACUGUGGAAGAGCCAGCCAGUGAUUGGACAUUCUACACCAGCUGAGAAUUUGCAACUUUCUGCUGCAAUCUACCUCAGUGGGGCAUCGUUUUUCAGUGUGCAGAAGGUUUUCAAGGCCAUGCAGUUACAGAUUCACAGCUAUAAACAGUUCAGAAAACAUUGCUGCAACUUCAUAGAGCCUGCUGUGCUGCAUAAGUGGAAGAGUGACCAGACAGCCAUUUUGCAACAGCUCAGCCAAGAGGGGAGAGCCAUCCUCGGCGGUGAUAUGAGAGCUGACUCGCCAGGACCCGGCACAAAGUAUGGAAGUUACACCAUGAUGGACUUGAAAAGAAACAACGUCGUUGACAUUCAGCUUGUGCAGAGCAAUGAAGUUGGUGGUAGUACCAACAUGGAGAGGGAAGCUCUCAAAAGGAGCCUUACACUCUUGGAGGAAUCUGGUAUCAAGUUGGAAUGCAUUGUUUCUGAUCGGCGCCCCCAGAUACAGAAAUUCCUGGCUGAUGCCAAAAUUACACAGUACCACGAUGUGUGGCGCUUUGAGAAAGGCAUUAGCAAAAAAUUGAAGGCAAUUUCCAAAACAAAGGAGUGCGAGAAGGUCAAGAAAUGGCUCCCUAUGAUCAAGAACCAGAUCUACUGGAUUGCAGCUUCAUCCAGCUCAGGGAAAGAGAGAGUUGCCAAGUGGUUAUCUGUAAUAAACCACGUCCAGGACAUCCACACCCACGAUGACCCGUUUUACCCAAAGUGUACUCACCUCCCCCGCGUGUCCAAGGGUAAAGAGAAAUGGCUGAAAGGAGGAACAACUGUUCUGUACAAGCUGCAGAAGCUGUUCACCGGUAAGAGAGUCCUGAAGGAUGUGUCGAAGCUUAGCCCCCAUCACCAAGCCCCGUCGCUCGAGGCAUUUCACUCAACAGUGACCCGCUUCGUUCCCAAACGUGCACCCUUUCCGUCAUUGGGAACGCUGUGCAGUAGAAUCUGCCUGGCAGCCAUACAUUAUAAUGAAAACGCUGAGCGCCCACAAAGGCAGGCUAACGGGAAACUUGGCUUCAAGCUUUGCUGGCCAAAAGGUAGACGGGGAACAUGCACCGUCAAGGCACUCAAAGAAAAGUCAACAUUCAAGUACGUGGAUGAGCUGAUGCAGCUGGUGUUAGAUGUGGUGUUUCUUGAUCCGGCGCCUUUCGUGAGUCAGCUGAAACAGAUUCCUGUGCCAGAGCCGCUCUGCUCACGAUAUGAUAGGCCAGAGAAGGAGGAUGCCAUGUCCCACCAUGGUUCUCGAUUCAGUUGACCCUGACGCCUUCAUAAUGACCAUCGGCAUCAGGAGAUUCUCUGCGAAUACGCAGCACCUCACAUGCUGGGAUGACAAAUCUUAUCCUGUAGACAAGAUGACCCCCGGCACCAACACACAAAGGACCCGUGUGCAAUGAACCUGUAUUCACUGUAAAAGAAUUUACAAAAGUGUCAUUUUAACUUAUUUUGUUUGACGUGUAAAAAGAUCUUUUUACACUUAAUAAAAACACUAGAAUUUUAAAUCUUUGUUUUCAUUGCAUUCAAAGAACUUGCUGAUGAGAUUGUA